AUCCAUUCUAGCUAUAGUAGCUCCCUGCAGACACACAUCUCCAAGUGUAGCUUAAAAAAACAUAAUAUAAACAUGGCUAUUGUCGCAGUAGCGGGUGGUACCGGUGGUGUCGGUCGGACCAUUGUCGAGGCACUAGUCCAGCAAGCAAAACAUCAAGUCAUCUUGCUGACUCGUGGGGUACCCAAAUCAGACCCUUUGCUUGACAAGACCCAACAGGUGCAAGUAGAUUACAAUGACACUACGGCGUUGGCACGCAUCUUGGACCAGCAUGAAGUGCACACCAUAAUUUCUGCAAUCGGGAUUAUCUCCGAUGAAACAUCUCAAUCCCAGCUCACGUUGAUUAACGCUGCGGCUCAAUCCUCAGCCACCAAGAGGUUUAUGCCUAGCGAAUAUUCAUUUAUCCAAACUGAAGACCUCCUUUCGAUCGACCCAAGUAUCAAGUACUGGUUGGCUGCCGCUGAAUUGCUUAAAAAAACCACUCUACAGUUUACUAGAGUUAUCCCCGGAUUCUUCAUGGAUUACUGGGGAAUGCCCGUUGUUCGUACUAAUCUCCAACCCUUCACAUUUGGCAUAGACAUCGCCAGCUGCCAGGCCGCCAUUCCGGGCGAUGGCAACGAUGUUAUAUGCAUGACAUAUACGUACGACAUGGCUGUGUAUAUUGUACGAUUGCUGGAUGAGGAGGAUUGGCCCGAGUUUAGUGUGAUUGUUGGCUCUGAAACCACAUAUAACCAGCUCCUCCAGCUAGCUGAAGAAAUACGAGGCAAGAAGUUCCAGGUUGUCUACGACAGCGCAGAUAAAAUUAAGGAAGGAAAUGUCACUAUUCCUCCAAUGCCUGCCAACACUGGGUAUUCUGCUGAAGAGCUCAAAGAGACUACGGCACUCGUGAGUCGGUUGACUAUUGCCGGGGUAUUUGAUCUGCCCCGCGAGAAUCGGUUGAACGCGAGGUUUCCAGAUAUCGAAUCAACUAAGCUCAAAGACUUCCUACAAAACACUUGGGAAGCCCAUCAAUAAUUAUAUCCAUUUAAACAAUGACCAUUCCGUUUUCUUUUCUCUUCUUUUCUUUUCUUUUUUUUUUUUUGGUGGGGAGGGGCAAUUUCACAACGGAGAUACCUAACCAAAGGAUUCAAAGCCAACUGCACUCGCCUUAAUAUUCAUUAUUAUAAGUUUCGAUGCUGUUAUGUUAUUAUAUGAAGAUGUUUAUUCCUACGCUACAUUGAGGGGAAACUAUCAGUGUACAUGACCUAUAU